UUACAUCAGCUGGGGAGACACAGAAGACCAGUGUGAGCGAGGGCGAGCUGGAGUGCAGCAGAUUGCUGCUCCGAAGCCAAACAAAGUGCAGGUCAUCCCUUCUGAGGUGGCAUCAGUGGAUCGGGGGGGGGAUAAACCAGCCUCGGGCCAUGGCGGUGCGCAUCAUCCGGGGGAUGGAGGACCUGGUGGCGUCCAGCAGCCAGCUCGUCUGGACCAUGGCGCAUCACACGCUCCGGAGGUGGUACAACCGCGGGCUGAUGCCGUGCAGGCGCAUCCUGGAGGCCUGGUUCAGGAUAGGAAAAUGCUACCAGAUGACCGAGGGUCGCCUGUGUCAGAUCCACCUUCUAGACAGCAGGAAGCUCGAGCUGCUGGUCCAGCCCAAGCUGCUGUCCCGUGAGCUGCUGGAUCUGGUGGCCUCACAUUUCAACCUGAAGGAGAAGGAAUAUUUUGGAUUGUGCUUCAUAGAUGACACUGGCCAGAAUAACUGGCUCCAGCUGGAUCGUAAAGUCCUCGAUCACGACUUCUCAAAGACUUCGGGGCCUUUGGAACUCAGGUUCUUGGUGAGGUUUUACAUUGAGAAGAUCACCUUCCUGAAAGAGAACACAACAGUGGAGCUUUUCUUCCUCAACGCCAAAUCGCUUGUGUUCAAUGAAACCAUCGAGGUGGAGAGUGGGAAUGUUUUCAAGUUAGCAGCAUUUGCACUGCAGGAGGCCAAAGGGGAUUAUACCAGCACGGACACUGCCACAUCGGACCUGAAGCAGCUCCCAGUUCUGCCUACCCGCGUAUUAAGGGAGCACCCGUCUCUCAACUACUGUGAGGACAAAGUGAUUGAACACUACAAGAAGCUGAAGGGACUGACGAGAGGACAAGCCAUUGUACAGUAUCUGGCCUUGGUGGAGUCCCUGCCGACAUAUGGAGUCCAUUACUACCCAGUGAAGGACAAGCAAGGACUGCCUUGGUGGUUGGGCGUCAGCUACAAAGGCAUCGGCCAGUACGAUUUGCAAGACAAGCUGAAACCUCGAAAGUUAUUUCAGUGGAAGCAGUUGGAGAAUUUGUAUUUCCGCGAGAAGAAAUUUGCGGUGGAAGUGAACGACCCCCACAGACGAACGGUGACCAAGCGCACUUUUGGACAGACCGGCCUGGUUAUUCACACUUGGUAUGCCAGCCACUCUCUGAUUAAGACCAUCUGGGUGAUGGCCAUCAGUCAGCACCAGUUCUACCUGGACAGGAAGCAGAGCAAAUCAAAGAUGACCACAACCAGGAGCACGGGAGACAUCGCCAUGGACCUGACGGAGAUCAGCGCCCCGCGAAUCACCAAACUUUCCAGUAUUGACAACAAAGAUCAGCUGAUCAUGGCCAGCAACGGAAGCCUCAUCUCCGCCGGUUCAGCUGACUCCGAGGUCAGCGACGAGCAGAAGAAGGAGAAGAUUGCAGAAUUGAAAAAGAAAGAGAAGGACCUUCAGGAUUCACUGACAAAGAAACUUGAAGAGCUCAAAAAGAUCUGCAUGAGAGAGGCGGAGCUGACGGGAAAACUGCCCAAAGAGUAUCCGCUGGCUACAGGCGAGAAGGCUCCUCAGAUCCGGCGGCGCGUCGGGACGGCCUUCAAACUGGACGACCUGUUCCCGUACGACGAGGAUCCACAUCUGAGGAAUCUGGAGAGCAGGUUCGCUUUGCAGCAGAAGAUCGUGGAAGCGGCCAUGAAGCUCGCCAACGAGGGCGACCUCUGCAAGACGGUGAAGCGAAAGAGGAGGAACAACUACCUGGACGCAAUGAGGAAGCUGGACGAGAUCGAGAAAGAGAUCAACAGCUACAGGGUGAAGAAAGGGAGGAAGCCCACCCAGAGAGCCUCGCUGAUCUUAACAGAUGAUGCCCACCCUUCAGACCUCAGCUCUCUGUCUGACAGCCUCACUCUGGACGAUGACGACGACCAGGGCUCCCAGAGGCAGCGGUCCCGGUCGGUGCAGUAUUCUCCCAGGUUGCACCACGCAGACACUCUGGACAUUCACUACAACAGAGACCGGCGCUGCUCCGCCAAUGACCAGCUGGCAGACUGCAGAUUAAAUUACGGCCAAGUCCAGGACUCGCCCCACUACACUCACCGCGAUGCCUUAUCGAGCUACGGCAGCCCGUUCAAGCCGGCUUCCAGGCAGCCGCGUGACGCCCGCAGCAUGCCUCCCACGCCGCUGCUCACCCGCAACGCCUACAGCAGCACUCAGCUCAGAUCAGACGACGCUCCACAACACUUCCGCCAGCGCAGCGGGAGCCUGGAGUCCCAGUCUCAGUUCGUCACAGAGACGCAGCCGCCCGCGCCCGCGUUCGCCGUGUCCCCCGCCCGGCGCAGCAACAGCACCGAGGUCCUGGACGACGGCUCGUCCUACACCAGCCAGUCCAGCGUGGAGUACAGCGCGCCGGGGAACCACGCCCACAGGCGCCGCGUGCGCGGCCGCAGGAAGGACUUGUACGCCAACACGGGCAGCAUGCCCAACCUGGCUCAGGCGGACGCCCGCAGCUACGCCUACCAGCCGCGGCCGCGGCCCACCACCACGGCCUACUACGUCACCGGAUAUCCCGCCUACGCCGAACCGGAGCCGUAUUCCAACGGCGUCUACGGCUACGACAACGAGACGGAGGGACACUACAGCGUCAACGCCGCCUACUACACCCCGCAGGCGGCCUACCACGCUCACGACGUGCACGCUCACUACGGCCACGACGAGAUGGACGGGAUGUCCCAGAACCCGUACGCCACUCUGCGGCCGCCCAGGAACCGGCCGGCGCCGCGCGGCGCCGGCGAGCAGCCGGUGAAGAGCUUCCACAAGGCGCUGGUGGCAGAACACCUGAGGGGCUGGUACCAUCGCAACGCGGCGCAGAAACAGUCGGCCUACAACUACGACUACGACCGGGGCUCCCAGCAGAGCCUGGGCUACCAGACGCUGCCCACGCCCUACAGGAACAUGUCCGCCUACUCCUCAGUGUCCUCGAUGUCGAGCGGGAACUGGCACAGCCACAUGAGCAGCACCGCCAUGUCGGAGUACGACGUGCCCGUGCACGCGCCGCAGUCCUACUCCUACAGCACAGCCCCCUACAGCCACCCCGCCCACAACAGAUGCCCCCCAGAGUUUGCGAGGCGAAGCUGUGAUAGGAUGGCGUGCCCCGCGGGGCCUUUAGAGAGGGCUGGCGCUGUGGCCUAUGCUACUCACCAGGAAAAUUAAGUCCUUUCGCUCUAAUCAGUGGCAGCGCAGAAGAAAGGGUGAGAGACCAGAGUGCAAAAGCGAAACCACGCUGCCCCUCGUGGCCAUCAUGGUGGCGGUGGCGUGACUCGUGGAAAAGCCUCGAAUCGUUUCACUCUUGGGGGUUUUUGGACGUUGGCCUGGGUGUCUUGUGGUGGUGGGAAAGCACUCGUGUGGCAAAGGGAACAUGUGGCCUCUGAGUGUUUGUUGCAUCUGAAGCCUGUGUGUGUGUGUGUGCUGCUGUUUUGGUGGGAGAAUGUUUGGCCCUGGGUUUUCAUUGGCGUGUCGACCUCCGGGUUCGGCUCCUGAUCUCGACACGGCGGCCCAGGGUUCAUUCAUUCUGAGCCGUGGUCAGUCGGUCGCCGCGCUCCGCCAGUUCCAGUCCUAACGCCCGUCAACUGCUGUGUGUUUAUUCCAGAUCCUACGUAGACGUCGGCCAAAUGGACUCACACGUCGGCCACCAGAUGCACGCUAACAUGGAGCCGGAGGAGCAGAUCUACUGGCACGAAGACUCCAAACCGGGAACAAUAGUUUAGCUGCCUGCCAUUCUCACCUCGACGCGUUGUCAUUGUGCCUUAGACUGCACUUACCUGUUCCUGUGAAAAGGGAACCCAAAGCAUGAAGGAGCUGCAGUGGAACUCGGCGUGGGAAGCAGAUGAAGUGUUUUCAUUGUUGGCUUUCUUGUGCGCGGUUGCCAAACUGACAGGCGCCUCCGUGACGGUUUGUCACGACACCUCGCCGCCCGGCCAUUCACCUGCCGGGACGGCGAGCGUUCCGCGGUCCUGCAGCCAAAGCGAACAGCCUCUGCAGUGUUUUCUGUGUUUCAUAGUGUCAGCUCCAUAACUCUGCGAGAGGACGCUGAGCGGCAGCGAACAAAUAGAAACACACACACGCGUGUGUGUGUGUGAGCCCAGGAUGAAGGAUUCAACAUGGACGUUACUGAAAUGAAGGAGUGAACUCAUGAGGAAUGAGUUCUAAAAGACUUCCUGGAUCACAGCGUUGCUUCGGACUACUACUCUGAUUACAAAGUGUUCAGUACUUACUGUCAGUACUCACAGUCUAAUCAAGCCAAACCUGUUGAACCCAGCGAGCGUUGGCCGAAGUCAGCUGGUCUCGAUAUGACUGCCACCGCAGGAAGUUUAUUUUAUUGGAACAGUUAUUUCAUCCAUGCUGGAAAUCAUGGACCGGUGCUCCUAAUGUCUCCCUAGAGAUCCAAGCUGUUCUGUAAAUGUUGGUUUUGUAAAUACUCUGGUUCUGUUCCUGUUUUUUUUUUUUUUUUAGAGCUUUUUUUUUUUUUUUUUAUGUAUUUGAAAAGCAUGUAAUAUAUAGUAAACGAUUACUGUUAAGCUGGUUCUUAGUAAUUUGUACAAUUGCAUUUGUUUGAAUUAAAAGGAAAAUCAGCCUUUGA